CUGUUUUCUUUUUUUCUUUAAAUAGAGAUACAGAAAAAAAUAGUAUGGGCGAUCUAUAUCCAACAUUAUCAUGGUAUAAUGUUAUAAUUGCUUCCUGCUUUUUACUUGUUAAUGUAUGUAUAUCUUAUAGAUUAGGACUCAAGUUAGGGAAACCUUUAAUCAUUGCAGCUAUACGAUGUAUUGUACAACUUACUAUCAUGGGAAUGAUCCUUCAAGAUGUAUUCAAGGCACGACGAUGUGUAUUGGUUAUGUUAUUAACAUUUGUCAUGAUCUUUCUUAGUGCUUGUGAAACUGUCUACAAUAAGUCACAAUGGAUGUACAAAGGCAUAUUUCCAUCAGCAUUUUUUUCCACUUUAUUUUCAACCAUGAUUAUAGGGAUACUUGGAUGUCGCUAUGCUAUUCAACAACAACCAUUUUGGGCUCCAGAAUACUUUAUACCAACGAUUGGAUUAUUAUUAGGAUUUACAUCUGGUGCUAUGGCGGUGGCUUUACAUUCCUGUCUUCAUCAUAUACGGGUUAAUAUGGGACAAAUUGAAACAUACUUGGCUUUUGGAGGAACUCGAUGGGAAGCUGUACAACGUAUUGCUAAAGAUUCCAUUCGUUUGGCAAUGUUACCUACUAUCAAUCAAAUGUCAAUAACUGGUUCUAUUGUGAUUCCUGGUGCUAUGGCUGGUCAAGUGAUAUUAGGUGUUUCUAUUCAACAUGCGGUUAUGUAUCAACAAAUUAUUACAUUUUUGAUUUCAAGUGCUACUUGUAUUGGAGUUGUCGUGGUGGUUAUGUUUUGUUUACAUACGAUUGUAGAUAGUGAACAUAGGAUACGUCAAGAAAGAAUACAAAAAGGUACAAGGAAUGUGAUACAAAAUGUAAAAGAUUCAAUAAUCCAUUUUAGCAAGAAUCUCAUUUAUUCCAAGAAAUCAAAAUGGCAAUCAUCUAGUAAGGAAGAUGAAUGUCAACCUCUUUUAGCAUAGUAUAGAAUAGUAAAAAAAAAUUCAUUUGUAUAUUUAUC